AUGAGUAGUCCUCUGUUACCGUCAGCUGCCGACAGGCUCCUCCGAACUGUUAUAGCUCAUCUCUCUCUGACUUCUGUCGAGACAAAUGUAAUAACAUCUACACCUAUGGAACGCAGUUUUCUAAAUGCUCUGCAGUUUUUGAAAGAUGAGGAGAAAGAAGAUGAAUCGAACUGUGAAGAUAGACAGUCAGACUUUAUGUUAGCUGCAUGUGUUGAUGGCUUUGAUGAAAGUGGGACGGGGAUUACAUCUCUGGAUUAUUUCGUCUAUAUAUGGAAUCUUUUCAAUAUGAUGCCAAUUGAUAGCAAUGAUCCACUUCGUAUUGAAUCUGUUGAAGUAGAAAAGAAGCACUUAUUUCAAUGUUUUAGUCGAUUGAAAUGUUUUCAUGUUUGGCUCACAAAAAAUCCUCCUAAUAUUCGUGGAAGUGAUGUCAAGUCAUUGGUGUUAUUCUUUGAAGAAUUUCUUAAAUAUACAUUUCUUACUAAAACGAGUCUAGAACCACAUUAUAUGGAGUCGGUAUCAUGUUUAAUAUUACUAUCAUGGUGGAAUAUUGGAUUUCGUUCUUGUUCAAUACUUUAUCGUAUCAUUGAUUAUGAAUUAUUUGGUUUAUGGUUCAGAUUAAUCCCCCAAAUUGUUGAUGUAUCAUUUUGGAUUAUUAAUCACUUGUCUCCUAUCCAGAACAUUCAAAUCUAUUCAUAA